AUGGACAUCCGCCCAGACGUCCGUGAUGAUAUGGUCGUGCGAGACGAAUACCUGGGGUGGGUUCAAUCAGAUAACGGAAUAUUAGAGGACAUCGACUAUUAUGGCGUGACGUUCGAUCACCUAGUUCCCACCGACGAUGCCGAUCCGGAAGUGCUGCAAAUUAAUAUUAUAGAGACUGACAAUGACGAUGGCCAGUAUGCGAAUACAUACUUACCUUUCUCGGUCAAUGCAUUGGAUUACACAGGAAAAAAUGUAUUGGCCGUUCCUAGAUGCUGCCAGAAAAGGAAGGGCACGCAGGAUCGCCAGAGGGUGAAUGAGUCGGUUUUGGAAAGGGAUGAGCAGCGCCCAGUUACUGAGCCAUAG